CAAAAGUAGUGGCACAUUUUGUUGACGUUUUAGGGGAUAUAAGUGUAUUUUACCAUAUUUAAGACGGAGUAGUAUCAACUCUUGUGCAUAGUGAACAAAUCGUGUUUGGCUUGUUUAAGCCUUAGUUGGAAGUAGGAUUUCGAUAAUGUGAGUUGGGUUUUGUUUGUUAGCGGAUAGUGUAGUGACGCGCGCUAUUUUAGAAGAUCUUCACGCAUUUAUUCAUUUUGCCCUUCCUGCCCGGUCAUAACAACAGUCAUGGCGGCUGCUGCACGGUUCUUCAUCCGAGGUGCAAACUCCAAACUUGCCACUACCAACUCUUUUGGAGCCAGUCUGCUCAAAUUGUCACCCAGCUGCAGUUCUCGGACAAAAACACAGCAACGACAUGCAGCACACUUUACUUUCCAGCCUGACCCCGUCCCGACACAAUAUGGUCCCACCCAGAAGAUGAAUUUGUUCCAGUCAAUUACGAGUGCCUUGGACAACACACUAGCAAAUGAUCCCACAGCAGUCAUCUUCGGUGAAGAUGUGGCUUUCGGUGGGGUAUUCAGAUGCACAGUUGGCCUGAGAGACAAGUAUGGUAAGGAUAGAGUCUUCAACACUCCCCUCUGUGAGCAAGGGAUUGUGGGAUUUGGUAUUGGUGUAGCUGUGGCUGGUGCCACAGCCAUCGCAGAGAUCCAGUUCGCAGACUACAUCUUUCCUGCUUUUGACCAGAUAGUCAAUGAAGCAGCCAAGUACCGCUACCGCUCUGGAAACAUGUUCGACUGCGGCAACCUCACGAUUCGGGCUCCGUGGGGAUGUGUCGGUCAUGGAUCCUUAUACCACUCUCAAAGCCCCGAGGCCUUCUUUGCCCACUGUCCUGGCAUCAAGAUUGUAAUACCUCGGGGACCAGUGCAGGCAAAGGGGCUACUUCUCUCCUGCAUCGCUGACAAGAACCCAUGUAUAUUCUUCGAGCCCAAGAUCCUGUACAGAGCAGCAGUGGAGCAGGUUCCCGUGGAGGCCUACGCCAUCCCACUGUCACAGGCUGAGAUCCUACAGGAGGGAAGUGAUGUCACUCUGGUUGCCUGGGGGACGCAGAUCCAUGUGGUGAGGGAGGUGGCCGCCAUGGCUCAGGAGAAACUGGGAGUCUCGUGUGAGGUCAUUGAUCUACAGACCAUCCUGCCCUGGGAUGUUGAAACCAUUUGCAAGUCAGUGGUGAAAACAGGGCGUUUGCUCAUCAGUCAUGAGGCACCAGUUACUGGAGGUUUUGCUGCUGAAAUCAGCUCGACAGUACAGGAGGAGUGUUUCCUGAAUCUGGAGGCUCCCAUCGCUAGGGUCUGUGGUUACGAUACCCCCUUUCCUCAUAUCUUUGAGCCAUUCUAUAUCCCAGACAAGUGGAAGUGCUUUGAUGCAAUCAAGAGGAUGAUCAACUACUGAAGCCCUGACAGAUGCAACGUCUGGUAGCUCCUGAGCUCCACCCCCACCCCGGUACACCCUCUCCUUUCCUGUUCAUUUAUCCACGCAGUGGAGAACAGCCAACGAGAGGCACUUUGUUGAUCAUCCAAUCAGGAAGCAGGAUCCAGAUGGGCUCCAUGUUCUCGUGUGUCUUCCAGCAGUUAAAACGACGCCAGUAGUAGUACCUCUCGAUUAUUCAAACAUAUAGACAAGUCAACUUCCUGCAGACCCUACAAUGAACCUUUACUUUCAAAAUAAUGUAAAUCGUUUCCUCUGAGACGAAAGUUGGAAACUGUGGACAUCACUGUAAUCGUCUGCGUGCUUUUCGGUUGCAUUGAAAUUAAACACUGCAGAGGUCCAAAUGUGAGCAGGCAGAUCAAAGAGCAACAGUGGGGGGUGGUGUGGAGGUGAGCAGGGCGAUAGAGGAGGAGGAAGUGUCAGGUCAGCUGGACGUUUAUACAGAAGUUUUGCUUAAAGGCGAAGUAGAAGCAAUACAUCCUAACCACGUUUCUGACUGUGGCACAAGUGUUACUUUAAGCACAAGACUUGCAUAUUUGUGCAUGCGUGGCAGUUACAAACAGGAACUCACAAGGUUGAAUCACAAAAUAUCAAUUGAGCAUUAAGGUUUAUAACAUGGACAUGAGCUUACCCUUGAUUGAAUGUGUCUUCUAUUUAGUUUGACAUGGAAACUGAAACUCACUGUAUUAAUAUGACGCACAUGGGGUUUUUAAAGAAAAUAAAUACAGUUGGAGCUGGUGAAGACA